CGGUGUUCCAUCAUUUAUAAACUCAGGAGGGCACCAUCUCCUCGAUGGGCGGCAGACUUUAACUCUUCAAGGUUCAAGUUGUUAAGUAGAGGCGCAUAGCAAGGGGAGGUGAAACUGAGAAACGGUGAUUGAAUUAAACACAUUCAGAUUGCCUCUGUUUAUUGAGGUCCCUACAAAUACCGGUUAACGUUAUCCUCCGUUAGGUCUCCACUUUCAGAAUGUCUAAAUUGAUGGUUCCCAAGUGCUAUCGAGUAUCUUCUGUCGACGAAGAAGAGGCAGGAACCGUAGGUUCCAUGCUUUGUGCAAGGGUGCGAGAGAUUCCAAAGUAAGGCUGCAUGCCCUCCGAAUAGAUGAGUAAAACUCCAAGGCUUCAUGCUGCGAUAGCGACAACUCUCCGGGUGCCCCGAUCUCUAAUUCGAGGGGAAAAGGUCAUCUCUUACCAUGACCCUCGCAUCUACAAAGCUAAGAUUUCAAUUUUCAAGCACUGCUACAGUACUACCCCUUUUCCAUCCGAUUGAACUAGUGAGAGGCUGUCAGCGGCGGCCAAUCUACGACUCUUGUUCUUCCGGUCCAUUCACCGUACACACCACACAGGCAGUCCUCUUCCGAUUCCCUCAUGCCUGCUUUUGAACUGCGUCGUCGGUUUAACACCCACGAGGUCCCUGCCUGCUCAUUGUAGUGUCAAUAAUCGCCACAACACUUCUGGAAGCGGCGAAGCUGUGGUUUGCCUCCUUGGACCUCGGUUCUUGUCGACUAGCCGCCCAUCUUUCCUCGCCUUCUGCUUUGGACUAUUGGACCCCUAGGUGAUGAGUUGAAGGAGAUGGCACGUAUUGAGGGUUAACUAAUUAGUAAGAGCUAGUGAACACUAUAUAUGCUCCUCACCCGCUCCUUGUAGCCUAAAUAACCAUCACUACACUGCUUGUAGCGGCAAAGUUCCCAGCCCCCUUGGGACAUCGGCUUCAGUCGACCUGGCUCCACCCUUUACCGCAAUGUGACUGCCCAAUUUAGUCAUCUGUCAACUCCUUCUUCUUUGGACAAUUGGACUCCCAGCUCAAAAAUUGACAAAGAUGGCACAUAUUGAGGAUGCUAUUUUGGACAACGAGAAAGAAGUUAUAUUUGACAAUGAUGAUAGUGAUUGCGAGAUGAGUACCGAUGAUGAAAAUCAGCAGGGUAGUGAGAAUGAAGACAACAUUCAAUUACCAGCUACUGAUCAUCAUUUUAGAAGAAUAUAUGACAUAUCAUCUAGUGAGAUUCAAGAUUUGGAAUUUGAUACUCGACAUGAAGCUUGCAAAUUUUUUCAAACAUAUGCAAGAUGUAAGGGAUUUGUUGCGAGGAAACAUAAUCUUGCUCGAGACGGGAACAAAAAUAUUACAAUGCAACAAUUAGUAUGUAAUAGAGCUGGAUUGAGGCAAAAAAAGUAUUUGGAGAAGGUGGAUAGGAAAAAACCUCAUGCACCAAUCACACGCACGAAUUGUAAAGCUAAGUUUCGUGUGCGCUUGGAUAGAAAAAAAUCAAAAUGGAUUGUGAGUUCUUUUGUGGAGCAACAUAAUCAUUUUUUGACUCCUUCUACGUAUGUCCACCUGUUUCCCGCUUAUCGUGCCAUGAAUGAUGCAGACAAAGCCCAAAUUGAUAUCUUACACAUGCAGGGUGUUCGUACAUGUCAUAUUAUGGGUUAUAUGUUGGCUCAAAAAGGAGGGUAUAGUGGGAUUGGAUUUUCAAAAAAGGAUCUAUACAACUAUCUUGACAGACAGAAGCGUGUUAAGAUUCAAGAUGGGGAUGCACGAGCUGCUCUUAGCUACAUUCAAGGCAAAGCUGACAAUGAUCCCAUAAUGUUUUGUAAGUAUUCUACUACAAAUGAUGGAAAGCUGAAACAUUUAUUUUGGGCAGAUGGACAAAGCAUAGUAGACUUUCAGUGCUUUGGUGAUGUUCUUGCAUUUGACACCACGUACAAGAAAAACAAAUAUAAUUAUCCAUUGGUUAUUUUCUCAGGAUGUAACCACCACUCUCAAACUAUUAUAUUUGGUUGUGCUUUGGUGUCAGAUGAAACAUUUGAGACAUAUAAAUGGGUCUUAGAAGCUUUUAUGGAAGCAAUGCAUAAAAAACAUCCGAUAUCAGUGGUUACUGAUGGUGAUGUUGCUAUGAGGGAGGCUAUUAAAGUAGUUUUUCCAGAUUCUACUCAUCGCUUGUGUGCAUGGCACUUGAAUAAAAAUGCAUGUGAGAAUGUAAAGAACACACCAUUUUUGGAGGAUUUUAAGAAAGCAAUGUAUUCUAAUUUCACCCCUGAAGAGUUUGAAGAUUUUUGGCAUAAAAUUAUAGUUGAGAAUGGGGUUGAAGGUAACAC